AUGUUUGGAUACUAUCGUAUGAUUAAAACAGGAAAUCCAUCAUAUCCAAAAAAAAACCUGUGCACAAAAGUCACAGAAGCGUGGAAGCUUGUUAAAAAAAAAAAGAAAAAUGAAAUUGAUGACAAGAUUAGAGAAUAUCUUACUACAUCUAUUCCUAUACAAUCUUAUGUUUCUCAACCAUUUUAUAAAACGGUCUCUAAAAAUGCAGCAGUACAAAAAAAAUUACUUGCUAUAAAAAAGGAAAAUGCUAAAAAAUUGGUUGAAUUGAAAGCAAUUUACGAAGCAACCAAAGAAACAAAAAAAAUUAGUAUUUUAAAACAUAAUGCAGCCUAUCAAGCAAAAUCAAAUGCAAAAAAAUUGAAAAGACUUUAUGAAAAUCAGGAAGUUGUAGUAUAUAAUAGCCCUGGUCGACCACCUCUUCUUUUUAAUUAUUCAGAUCUUUAUGAGCAUAUACACAAUUGUAUUGAAAAAAAAUAUAAUAAAUAUCUUUCAAGGACUACACUUAAUAAUUACCUUUUGCUUCGAAACUCCUCAAGUAUUGCCACAAGAGUGCACCACCAUCCUGCCUUAGUAGCUAUUACAAAUGUUUCUAGAUCAGAAAAAAAAGAACACACUGAUGAAUACUAUUGCCUUGCUUCAGUUAAAGAUGUUAGACAAUUCGCUGCAAUGUUUCUCUAUUAUUCUGUUGUCAUCUCACAAGAUGACAAAGCAAAGGUUUUAUUUGAAAUUCCAGCUGUUGGCAAAACUUUUUAA